AUGUCUCCUGUUGAACAACCUUUUAUGCUAGAUGAUGAUGAAGAUCGCAAUAUUCCAUUGAAGGACAGAUUUGAAAUUCAGAAGUGUGUUGAUUGGAUUAAAACAAAUAAUUACUCAAAGGUUUGCUUACAAUUUCCUGAUACAUUUUUGUCAGAAUCAGUGGAUGUUGCUUUGCAUAUAGAAGAACAGAUAUCUAAUAAAACCUACAUCCUUGGUGAUACUACUUAUGGAAGUUGUUGUGUGGAUGAAAUUGCGGCCCAGCAUAUCGGCGGAGAUGCUAUCAUCCAUUUUGGUCAUUCUUGCCUUACUUCAUCACCACAGAUACCUGUGCUAAAUAUUUUCCGAAAGAGGAAAAUGGAUUUCAGUGCUCUUAAAUCACUCAUUUCUGAAAUUAAUGGUUCUAUAGUAGUCAUAUAUGAUAUUGGUUACCAUCAUUUGUUAGGUGAAAUAGAGAAAUGUUUUUCAAAAAAAGAUGCAAUAAUACCAGAAAUUCUAUUAGGAAAUGAACAUAAUAAAGAUUGUUCAGCUUAUUGUAAAAUGAAAGAAACUGGAGCACAUUCCGAAGUCAGGUUUUCCCGUGGAUACUGUUUACCAGAAGUCACUCCUAAAAAUAUCAUAUACAUUGGUGACCAAACUGAUGCUUGUUUUAAGAAUUUUUCAUAUCUCUUCAAAGGUGCUGAAAUUUGGAAUUGUAGUUUCAAAAAUGGAAUAGAAAAAUACAGUAUUUUGAAUGCCUACAAACAUAUUUCCUAUCUGGUCGAAGAAAUAAAAGCUGCUGGGUCAUUGACAGUUGUUGUAGUAACUCUCACAAUGAAAGGAUAUCUUGAAGCAAUAGAUCAUGUGAAAAUGUUAGCCAAGAAAUGUAACAAGAAAGUAUAUGUUAUUUCAGUUGGGAAGCCAACUGUCGCUAAGCUUACAAAUUUUCCAGAGAUGGAAUUGUUUGUUGUUAUCGGGUGUACAGAAUUAGAAUUACCAAGUAGAAGAGAAUUAAUACAACCAGUUGUUGGUCUUCUAGAGGUUGAGUUGGCAUUGAAUAGUAACAGAACUUGGAAUGAUACUUUGACCAGGGAUUUCAGAGAUCUGAUUCCAGGAGGACAAAAUUACAUUCCAUUAAGUGAAAUUGAAAACACAUCAAGUGUUUCGUUGAUUACUGGUAAAAUGAAUAAAUUAAGUGAUGUCAGUGGAGGGGUUUCCACUGAAUUGGCAGUUAAUCAGGAAAAAGCAUUAGCUUCAUCAUCACAGAAAAUUGGAGGCAAACAGGAAAAAACAUGGUUUGGUUUAAAACAGGAAAUAGGAGAAACUCCAGUGUCCUUAGCAGUUAAAGGAAGACAUGGAACAUCUACUGGUUACAAAGAGGAACCCAAUCUGUAA